AUGAAGCUCCACCAGUUCGGUCUGGUUAGCGAGGACGGCGUCAUCGAAACGGACAAGAUUGAGAAGGUAGACAAGGCCGCCCUCGAGCUCGAGCAGGACCGCCUGCGGCGUAAGAAGGAGUCCGAGAGAGAGGUGCUGGAGCGGGAAAACGCCAAGAGCGAGGCCCGGAGCAGGCGCAGACUCGACCGCCAGCGCAAGGCGAAGCAGCGCAAGAAGGAGCUUGGGGCGAAGAACGGUCGCCGCAAGGCCAAGGUUGGCAACGUCGAGCUGGUCGGCUAUAACGCCGUCCGGGCAGAAGAUCGGCGGAACGUCGCCGUUGUAGCUGACGACAACAGCGACGACGGCAGUGGCGAUGCCGCCACCUCCGGCUUCGGCACCAAGGUCGAUGACUUCAUCCAGAACGGCGAGCAAGACUCGGACCUCGCAGGCAUGUCCGACCGGGUCAAGCAAGUCUUCCUCCGCAAGGUUGCCACCCGCAAGCUGCAGACGGAGGGCCAGGCAUGA